AUGGAAAACGAAUCGAAUGGACUCUUCUGGGAAGAGACGAGCAGUGUAUCGCAGGACUUCGCCUUCUCUCUCGGUGAGGCAGAGCUGCACAAUUUUCAAACCUUUGAGCACAGCAACGAAUCGGAACUUGAUGAACCGCCGCUGUUGGACGAGCUGAAAAUUUAUCCCCGACAAAUUGUGGAAAAAUCACUCGCCGUACUCAACCCGUUCCACGCUCGAAGCUUUAAGGACACGCCAGACUGUUUGUUCAAGGAAAAUGACUUGGCCGGUCCGCUGGUGUUCUUGCUGGUGCUGGCCGUUUGCCUUUCAAUAUCGAACAGCAAAAUCGAAUUCGGCAACAUCUACCGCCUAUCGGUGGUCUCGAUCGUCGCCAUGUACUGUCUGAUUUACCUGAUGGGCCAAACAGGUGAAUCUUUUGUCAGUAUCUCCGGCGUUUCUAGUGUGCUCGGUUACAGUUUGCUACCCAUUGUCUGCCUGUCCAUCGUAUCCAUGCUGAUUCCCUUGAACAAUUGCUACGGCAUGGUCUUUACCGGCGCCGCUAUCGUUCUGGCAAGCAGUAAAUCCAGCAAAAUGUUCUGCCUGAUGACGGGCGAUCCAAACCAGCGAUGCUUGUUGGCGUACCCUUCCGCACUGCUAUACUUACAGUUCGCUCUUUUAAUACUCUUUUGA